AUGACGUCUGUCGGUACAGGUUACGAUCUUUCCAAUAGUGUUUUCUCUCCAGAUGGGAGAAACUUCCAAGUAGAGUAUGCCUCGAAGGCAGUGGAGAACGGUGGUACUUCAAUAGGUAUCAAGUGCCAGGACGGUGUUGUGCUUGCGGUGGAGAAGAUCGUCACCUCCAAACUGCUCGUGCCAAAUAAGAACAACCGUAUCCAGACCGUGGGCAAGCACAUUGGUGUUGUUUACUCCGGUAUGCUCCCAGAUGGAAGAAACCUCGUCAGCAAAUGUAGAGGUGAAUAUCAAACUUACAUGAGUCAAUACAAGGAGCCAAUCACAGUUCCCUACCUAAUAGACCGUAUUGGCGGGUUCUUACAGGCAUACACGUGCUACAACUCUGUGAGACCGUUUGGCGUAACAACCAUCAUUGGUGGUAUUGAUGAAAGCGGACCACAUUUGUACAUGUUGGAACCAAGCGGAACAUACUGGGGCUAUCACGGUGCUGCCACAGGUAAAGGUAGACAGAGUGCCAAGAAUGAGCUAGAGAAGUUAGACAUGGCUACGUUGAGUGCAAAGGAUGCGGUAAAGGAAGCUGCCAGAAUCAUCUAUUUGGCCCAUGAGGAUAACAAGGAUAAAGACUUUGAAAUCGAAAUCACAUGGUGCUCAAAGUCUGAGACCAACGGCACCCACCAGUUUGUCCCAGAAGACCUGCUACAGGAGGCCAAAGAGUACGCCGAGGCAAAGCUGAACGAGGAAAGCGAUGACGACGAAACAAUGUCCGAUUAG